UCAUCCGAAUUCGUCAACAUGAUCGAGGAAAUUCCGGUGAACCUAGCCGAUGAGAUCGUUCAGUUCUUCACGUUCUUCAAGAUUCGUAACCUGCUGGAGCGAUGAAGUCUGGUUUGGCGCGGACCCUCAAGAGAACUGAGUCUCGUUGCUCUUGCUUCAGGUCUCCCGCCCUGGCUAGAUCUGCAAGAAGCUACAGCGUUGUAUCACCAUCGACCUCUGGAAGAGCCGAAAGUCCGCUGGCUAAAGUACUGAGAGACUCAAUCAAGGCUACAGGGCCAAUAUCUGUAUCAAGAUACAUGCAGUGGUGCCUCUCCCAUCCAGUUUACGGCUAUUACACUCAGGGCGAUGUCUUUGGUCAGAAAGGAGACUUUAUCACUUCACCAGAAAUCUCUCAGAUAUUCGGCGAGCUCAUGGCUAUAUGGUUCGUCACGCGAUAUAUAGCCGCUGGCCAUCCCAAGCGAUGCAGGAUCAUUGAAUUGGGCCCAGGUCGAGGCACGUUGAUGGCGGACAUCUUGAGGACAUUUGAUCAGCUCAAGAGCAUAGCGUCAAGUCUGAAAUCGGUGCAUCUGGUGGAAAACAGCGAAAAGAUGAGGGCUGUUCAAUCAUCAAAUCUGGAUCGAUUCUGCGAGGAGCGGGACAUCGCUAUACAUUGGGUGGACCGGAUAGACGACGUCCCUCCAGGCGACGAGUUCACUUUCGUCGUCGCUCAUGAGUUCUUCGAUGCGAUGCCUAUAAAUGCCUUUGAGAAGGCUCCAGAGGGCUUCAGAGAGCUCAUGGUGGAUAUAGAUCCUGAAAACGGCUCAGACUCGACUUCAUGCUCGCAUUCGGGACUGCGUUUGACGAGAUCUCGCGAGGCGAAUUCGAGUGCUCUUUUGAUACCAGCUACAUCACCUCGAUUCGCCGCGCUUCCCAUCGGAGCGAGGGUAGAAAUCGCACAGGAUUCAUGGAAGAUCGCGCGAAAGAUCGGAGAGAUGUUACAACGGUCGGAACCAGGCAGCACAAGCUCAUCUGCGGGUGGCGCGGGACUGAUCGUCGACUAUGGUGCAGAUAAGCUGUUUCCAGAUAGCUUUCGAGCCAUCAGGAAGCAUGAGAUAAUUGAUGUCUUUGAUAGCCCCGGAGAAUCUGAUCUCACUGCAAAUGUGGACUUUGCGUACCUCAGGGAAGCCAUAGAGGGUACAGGAACCUCUGCUCUUGGACCCAUCAGCCAAGGACAAUUUCUGCUUUCACUCGGACUGCAGCCUCGUCUCCAAAAGUUGUUAGCCUCGAAUACUUCUCCAGAGCGCAAACAAGAUCUGAUUAAGGGCGCUCAGCGGCUAGUCGAUCCAGUCUUCAUGGGCAGCCAGUACCAGAUUAUGGGCUUGCUCAGCGGUGCUGGAGAGGGUGCAGAGGUGUACCCAUUUCCAUCCCUGGUGCCGACAGCUGCCGAACCCGGAGAGACUCGACCCGAUAGUUAAUCCAAGUCUCACGACAGAACACUGCAUG